AUGGACCCGGUCAAGUACAUAUUUGAAAAACCCACUCUCACCGAGCGGAUCGCUCGGUGGCAGGUUCUGCUGUCAAAAUUUGACAUUGUUUAUGUCAUUCAAAAGGCAAUAAAGGGAAGCGCCUUGGUAGAUUACCUGGCUCAACAGCCCAUCAAUGACUACCAACCAAUGCAUCCAGAAUUCCCAGAUGAGGACAUCAUGACCUUGUUCAAGGAGGAAGUAGAGGAUGAAGAUAGGGAUAAAUGGAUCGUGUGGUUCAAUGGCGCGUCCAACGCACUAGGCCACGGAGUAAGGGCAGUUUUGGUUACCCUCGACGACCAAUGUACACCCUUCAUAGCUAGAUUGGGCUUUGACUGCAAGAACAACAUGGCUGAGUAUGAGGCGUGCACCCUGAGGAUCCAAGCGACAAUUGACUUCAAGGUCAAGUUGCUCAAGGUAUAUGGAGACUCAGCCUUGGUGAUCCAUCAAUUGAGAGGAGAAUGGGAGACUAGGGAUCACACGUUGAUACCCUACCAGGCUUACAUCAGAAAACUGAUAGGGUACUUCGACAAUAUCUCCUUUCAUUACAUUCCCAGAGAAGAGAAUCAGAUGGCCGAUGCCCUUACCACUUUGGUUGUCGUACAUCAAGUUUAG